GACAGUGAGACUCAAAAAAAUAAAAAGAAAGAAAAGCAAGUAGAAAGAGCAAAAUACGACAGUCUUUUAUUCUAUCUUGAGUUUUUAAAAUGAUGAUUGAGGGUUGAAGCAAAAAUUGUAACACUGUCUAAGGCAGUUCUCAGUGUAUGUGGAGGAAAUGGUUAAGACAUAUUUAUAUUAUAAGUGGGAGACAGUAAAGAAAUGAAAAAGGAAGUAAACUUUCCACACGUCACUAAAACUGGUAAAAUGGACACAAGUUAUGAUUAUACAAACAUACCUCAGAGACAUUGUGGGUUUCGUUCCAGACCACCUCAAUUAAGUGACUCUCACAAUAAAGUAAGUCACACAAAUAUUUUGGUUUCCCAGUGCAUACAAAAGUUAUGUUUAUACUGCACUGCAGUCUAUUAAAUGUGCAAUAGCAUUAUGUCUAAAAAAGUAUAUGCCUUUAUAUAAAAAUACUUUUUGCUAAAAAUGCUGACACAAGGAUAUUAAAUGAGCACGCGCUGCUGGAAAAUGCUGCUAAUAGACUUGCUUAAUGCAGGAUUGCCACAAACCUUUAAUUUUAUUUUUUAAAAAUGCAAUAUCUGUGAAGCACAAUAAAACAAGCCAUGCCCAUAUAAUGCAACAGCUAGAGCAACCACUAAAAAGGGCUAUACAGAUAUCUAAUAAAAACACUAUACAAAAAAAAUCACUAUAACUGCACCAAAAUGGGAUUAUAAGAAAAAGUUCAAGUGGCCCACAGAAACUCAGGAAAAAGAAGAGAGAAAUAAAAAACAAAAAGACUAGUUAAAAUAACGAAAUGGCAGGCAACUUUAGAGCAUCAAUGACCACAUAAAAUAUAGUUUUCUUCAUUUUUAAAACAAUAAAGGUCAUGAAUUCCCAUUAUAAAAGUGAAAGUUCAGAAGUUCGUAAGUUUACAAAAUAAUGUUCUUUUUUACCUAAUGCCACACCCAUGAAUAACUAUACUCGAAUUUGGUGUGCACAUUUUCUGGCAUUUAGCCACAAAUAAAUAAAGAGAAUGAAAGCAAGAGACAUUAAGAGUGAUGGAGAGUUUAGUUUUUCAAAUGGUCCAAAUCUACAUAUUUUUCUACAACAUGCUUUUCUCUUUUGACUCCAUAAGAGUACAUAUUUAUCUCUCUGCCUUAGACUAGGUAUUAAUAAAUAAUAUAAAUCUACUGAAAUGUAUACAAUUCUAUUUCCUGAUUUUGCUAUUAGAAGAUUUUUGUUAAUUUGUUUUCAAUGCAAGUUACACAAUAUUCUAUUAUAUAUAAUAUGCAUGUUAUUGAUACUAUAAACAAGUGAAUGAACAUAAUUAACUUCUAGAUGAGUUCUGUGAUCCCCAUUGUGCAGGGGAAGUAACUAGGGCCAAAGGAAAUUAUAUGCUUUUUUCCAUUAACUGGUGAGACAAAAAUUCAAAACCAGGGUUACCUAUUUCCUUUCCACUGCACAACGUUGACUAUUAAUGAAGCCUGAGAGACCCAGCACUACCCAUAUGUUAAGCAUGUUUAAAAUGCUAGGGUAAACCCCCCAUGGCAUGAGUUUACCUAUGUAACAAACCUUCACAUGUACCACCAAAUAUGAAUGCUUAAAAAAAGCUUGGAUAGUUGGCCAUUUUCUUUGUAGCAUCCAUUUGAUUAGAAAACACCUUCAACAUAGAUGAAACAAACUACUUCAUAUUGAACCAGCCAACAAUUAGCUCAAUAUAAACAUAGAAAUGUACAGAUUCUGUGCGUGAUUGGAAGGGGGUUACACUAGUUUCCUUAGCUCUUGAAAAGCAUCCUCAUAUUUUCAUAUUAUUUUAUUUAAAUCCAGAUAAUUAAAGUCAAGUUGAUAUGAUAAAUGUCAUUAUUCUGUCACAAUUCUAACUGAAGUAGACUUCUGGCCUAUUCAAGCUUCCUCUAGUAAGUGUUUAUCCAAAUGAAAGAAACACUUUUUGAAAGGACUGCAUUUCUUUCAUUUUACAGUAAAUUUACCCUAGGAAGAAACUUAUACUAACUUAAUAUACCUCAAUAUUCACUAAAUGUUAAAUUGAAAAGAAUUGUUUCUGCUUUCUUGUUCCUCCACUACAGAACAGAAAAAAAAAAAAAAAAAGCAAUAGAAAAUGUAAGGCUCUCAGACAUCCAUUAUAUAACAGGUUUAUUUUGCUUGUAAAGAAUAUCACCUAGAUGGGAGUUGCAUUCUAAGGAUACUAAUACAAAGAUACUUUGAAGACUUCAAACAUAUGUAAAGCGUGAACAUAUUUAGGGAAAUUUAACUGUAAUUUAUUCAACUAAUUUCAAGAGCUUUAUCCAAAAUUAAAAUAGUAGGUGGCUGUGAAUAAUUAUAGGUUUCUAAAGGGGUACAAAAUUAUGUUUUAAUAUUACUUUAGGUAUGGAUGCCUGUUUAAUAUAUUGAAAAAUUGUUCAUCUAUAUUUCUAAGAACUACACACAUUAGAAGUCAGUCUUCUUCUGAGACAAACUUUUUCAUUUUGAAGACAAAUUCAUUUCCUCUUUCAUCAAGUAAAUCACUCUUUACUUGAUGAUUGUAAGUAAAUUUUUAUAUUUGAGAUGUAAAUAACACUAUUGUGAGUAUUUGUCAUGAAAAUCCAAAUAGAAAAAAGUGACAUGAAAUAUAGAGCCAUUUCAUUGCGAGAAGUCUCAAAGAUUCCCUGCUUUUCUGGGUCCUUCAUUUGGUCAUUUCUAGACUUUUGGUAGCCAUGGCACGAGGAAACAGCACUGAAGCGACUGAAUUCUGUCUUCUGGGAUUUGGUGCCCAACAAGAGUUUUGGCAUAUCCUCUUCAUUGUAUUCCUUCUCAUCUAUGUGACCUCCAUAACGGGUAAUACUGGAAUAAUCUUACUCAUCAACACAGAUUCCAGAUUUCAAACACCCAUGUACUUUUUUCUACAACAUUUGGCUUUUGUUGAUAUCUGUUACACUUCUGCUAUCACUCCCAAGCUGCUCCAAAGCUUCACGGAAGAAAAGAAUUUUAUAUCAUUUUGGCGCUGUGUGAUACAAUUCUUAGUUUAUGCAACAUUUGCAACCAGUGACUGUUAUCUGCUGGCUAUGAUGGCAGUGGACCGUUAUGUUGCAAUCUGUAAGCCCCUUCACUAUACCAUAAUCAUGUCCCGAAGAGUCUGCAUCCAUUUGGUAGCUGGUUCAUACAUCAUGGGCUCAAUAAAUGCCUCUGUACAUACAGGUUUUACAUUUUCUCUGUCUUUCUGCAAGUCCAAUAACAUCAAUCACUUUUUCUGUGAUGGUCCCCCAAUUCUUGCCCUUUCAUGCUCCAGUAUUGACAUCAACCUCAUGCUACUUGUUGUCUUUGUGGGAUUUAACUUGAUGUUCACUGGGUUGGUCAUCAUCUUUUCCUACAUCUACAUCAUGGCCACCAUCCUGAAAAUGUCUUCUAGUGCAGGGAGGAAAAAAUCCUUCUCCACAUGUGCCUCCCACCUGACUACAGUCACCAUUUUCUAUGGGACGCUCUCUUACAUGUACUUACAGUCUCAUUCUAAUAAUGCCCAGGAGAAUAUGAAAGUGGCCUCUAUAUUUUAUGGCACUGUUAUUCCCAUGUUGAAUCCUUUAAUCUACAGCUUCAGAAAUAAGGAAGUAAAAGAAGCUUUAAAAUUGAUAGGGAAAAAGUUCUUUUAAAUUAGCCCCAGUUAUUAACAUUCAGCACAACAAAUCAUCCCACAUAGCUGUUCUACCAAAAUUUAAUGUUUCUACAAUAGGAAACAUGUAGAAAGAUGUUAAAUUAAUAAUCUAACAUCACAUGUAGAGGAAUUAGAAAAACGAGAGCAAAUCAACCACAAAGCUAGCAGACGACAAGAAAUAACUAAAAUCAGAAUAGAACUGAACAAAAUUGAGACCCAAAAAUUUAUAUAAAAAAUUAAUGAAACCAAAAUUUGUUUUAUUGAAAGGAUAAAUAAGAUUGGUAGGCUGCUAGCUAGAUUCACUAAGGUAAAAAAAAAAAAAGGAAAAAUCCAAAUAAGCACAACCAGAAAGGACAAAGGUGACAUUACAGCCAAUCC